AUGAUCGUCCUGGGCAGCGGCGGUCACACCGCGGAGAUGUUCGCGCUGCUCCGCGCGCUCUCGCCGCGGCGGUACGCCCCGCGUCAUUACGUCAUCGCGGACACCGACAGCACCUCGCUGGUGAAAGCCGAGGCCCACGAGGCGGCGGUGGGCGAGGCGCUCGCCGAUGCGUCCGACGUGGACGACGACGAGCUCGCCGUGUCCUCGGAGUACUCCGUGACGCGCAUCCCCCGGGCCAGGGAGGUGGGCCAAGGAUGGAUCCACUCGUUCUUCACCACGGCGCGCGCCUGUGUCGGCGCGUUUCGCGCCGUGUUCGCGGAGAAACCGGACGCGGUGCUGUGUAACGGUCCGGGGACGUGCGUGCCCAUCGUCGCGGGCGCAUUCGUUUCGAGGGUGAUUGGGAUCGCGACGCCCGCGGUGGUGUACGUGGAGAGCGCGGCGAGGACGAAGACGAUGUCGCUGACGGGGAGGAUACUGUACGCGACGCGGCUGGCGGACGAGGUGUUCGUGCAGUGGGAGGGACUGGCUCGAAGGUACCCGAGGGCAAAGUACGCGGGAAGGGUCUGUUGA